AUGCACUCCCUUAACCAGGAAAUUAGAGCAUUCUCACGGACUAAUCUCAGGAAGCAAUGCACCAGGGUGACAACCUUAACUGGGAAAAAAAUUAUAGAAACCUGGAAAGAUGCCAGAAUUCACGUUGUGGAAGAAGUUGAGCCUGGCAGUGGGGGUGGCUGUGGUUUUGUGCAGGACCUAAGCCUGGACCUGCAAGUUGGUGUUAUUAAACCAUGGUUGCUACUGGGAUCACAAGAUGCUGCUCAUGAUUUAGACACACUGAAAAAACACAAGGUCACUCAUAUUCUCAAUGUUGCCUGUGGAGUUGAAAAUGCUUUCCUUAAUGACUUUACGUAUAAGAACAUUUCUAUCCUGGAUCUACCUGAAACCAAUAUCAUAUCUUAUUUUCCAGAGUGCUUUGAAUUUAUUGAAGAAGCCAAACUGAAGGAUGGAGUGGUUCUUGUUCAUUGCAAUGCAGGAGUCUCCAGGGCUGCUGCAAUUAUAAUUGGCUUCCUGAUGAGUACUGAAGAAAUCACAUUUACCAGUGCCUUUUCUUUGGUGAAAAAUGCAAGACCUGCUAUAUGCCCAAAUUCAGGCUUCAUGGAACAGCUUCGAGCAUAUCAACAGUGAAAAAAAAAAUAUGGCAAUAAGUAAUUGGGCACAAUAAAAUUCAGGAAGCAGAUGAAGCCAACAAUUUGUUAAAUGGCAUUUCAACAGAUGAUGUGAAACUAUAACUUCUGAAUUGACCUUUUAAAACCAAGUUUUUAGGAUAGAAUGGCAGAAAGCAAACUCUUUCCUUUUACUACCCUUGAAGUGUAAACCGAGGCAACUCAAUUAUCUAGAGCUUCAACCUAAAUGAAUUUGUUAAAAUAGUGUUGCUUAGUCUUCAGUAUUUCUAAUGUGUGAUAGAAUGCUUUUUUGAAUUGCAUAAACCAAAUAACAUUGGCAUUACUAAUUGUGUUAACUUCUUUGAAGGAAAUGAUAAAAGUAGUCUUGAAUUUUGUAUUUGAAUAUUAAAAGAACCAAUGAUUGGAAACUUUUGGUGUUUUUAUCUAUUCCAGCAAUUGUUCUUAUAAAGAUACAUACCAAAAUACUGCUUGACUUGUACAAGUUUAGAAAAAUUGAGUUAUCACCUUAGAGAGAUUUUUGUCUGAAUUCCUUUUCAGAUAAAAAUAAAUAAUAAACUCCCUGAAGGGCAUACUUACAACCAAAAGACUUAUUCAGAGAGUAUACAAUUAUAAUAUACAUAGAACUUGAGUAUCCUUUCAUCAGAAUUCAUUGUCUUUUAACUUUUUUUUUUUAGUCUCAUAAUUGUUAGGUAGCUUUUGUCCCUAGGGCUAUUCACUCCCUCCUUCCUGCCCCUUACACAUAGGUACUUACAAUAUCUUCUGAUUUAUAUAUUCUUUUAUUGUCAAUAAGAACCCUUCUCAUCCUGGAUUCUUUUUUUUUUUUGCUUUUGUUAGCUUCUAUUUUAUAAAGUUUUUGGAAGUCUUAGAUUUCUGAAAAAUAUUCUGUAUACUGAAAGCCCUGUUUGUCAGAAGUGAACUUAAAGCUCACAUAGAUAAUAAAGCAAAAAUAUCUAGUGAAUUUUAUUUGAUAUUGUUCAAUUCCAUUAUAUAAAAUGGUUUAAGAAAUGAAAAACAAAAAAUUUAAGUUUUAAAAUUUUAAUAAAUAAUUUGGACCUAAUUCUCAUGGAGUCUGGACACAUUUUCAACCCCGCCUCUUACUAUAGGCCUUGAAUAAAUUAUUUCAUUACUUUUGCUUUUGUAUAUUUGAGAAAGAAUGAUCUCUGCCUAUUAUAAAACCACCUGGAGAUUUUAUUUUUUAGCUCUUUUAAAUGUUUUCAAACAGAAGCACUAUUUCUAGGAAUACAUUAUUGAUAAUGACAUAAAAUAUACAUCCCUAAUCCUAUUUGUGAGAUUUGUAUUAAAAGUUUUCCCUUCAUAUUUUAUAAUUCAAGAAAUAGUAGAAACCAAAGAGGAAAAAUUGUUGAUUCUUUUAUAAACACAACACAUUUGAGUAAGUAUAUUCCUUUCAAAUAAAUUGAAAAGUAUUCAUUGAAAAAGUAUACAGUUAACUCAGACACUUCCUAGCUGUGUGACCCUGGGCAAGUCACUUAACCCCUAUUGCCUAGCCCUUACCACUCUUCUGUCUUACCAAUACACAGUAUUGACUCCAAGACAGAAGGUAAGGGUUUAAAAAAAAAAGAAAAAGUGUGCAGUUAAGAAGCUGUGUCUUCUAUGCUGCUCUCAUGAGUAAAGGGUUUAAAAAGUGACAAAUAAGUUGUGUACUUUGAAACAAUUGCCUGAAAAGUUGUCUUUGGAGCUGAAGCCUUUUACCACAUAGUAAUCCUGAGAAACAGUAUAAAACAAACCAACUCAAAGUGAACAGUUUGAAAAUGACCAAUGCAAGUACCUCUGCCCCAUUGAAUGUCAGGACUUCUCCAUGGUAUUCUCUCUAGUCAUUAUUGCCAAGGAUUCAUAGAUGUUCUAAAUGUCCCCUUCUUCGUGCUAAUGACAGCAUUGAUAUGAACGUAUUUCCUUUUUUCCUGGUGAUAUUAAGUUUUAGUCUAUCAAGAAUUGAAACGUAAUGUCCAUUAAAAAUCAUAGAACAUAUAAUUUGGUAUGGAAUUUGUAUCUGGACUUCUUGUCUGUGUCAUUCUGGUUUUAUGACAUAUAACAUGUACUUACCAUACCUUCUUUUUGGUAAAGAUCCUGUUUUAGUAGUUUGUUGUUUCUAAGAAUGGAAUCUAAGAGAUUAAAUCUUUCCCCCAAAACCCUAUUUGUUGGCAAGACAGUAGUCAUAUAUAGGUUCAUGGAUGAUUUCAUGUAGAGAAAUUAAUCUGUAGAACUUAUCUUGAGUGGUAUAAAGCUGUUUUGAAAAGAAACUCUAUUAUGAUCCCACUAUCUAACAUUAUGAAUCAAAAAAUAUGUAGAUACCAAAUGUCAGUGUUUUGGUAGAGGAAAAAAAUCUUCCAUAUAUAGGCCCAUCUGUGCAGUUUUGAUUUUGGCUGUGUCCCUGAAGUUAUAACUUAAAUAGAUUUUUUUCCUGUCAUGCUUGAUUAUUUAUAUCUAGAAUAAAAGAAAAAAAUAAAGUUCAUAUUUGCUCAAAAUUAUAAGUAGAAAAGAAAUAAAAUAUGGGCUUCACUUAUUUAUAAAGGCAGGCUUAGAUAAAAAAAUUCCCUUUUUUAUCUUGAAAGUUACUUUUUGGUUUUACUUAAGUAACUAUUGUAUCUACAUAAUACUUUAAAUUUAUCUAAUGAUACGGAUAAUUUUUGGAAUAUCUAAAUUCUCCUUUUAUUUCCCCUUUAAGUCACCAGAUUUAAGGUAAAAUUUUAACCAUGAUGAUUAAGCCACUAUGACAACAACAUUGAGAGAAAGAAAAAUAUAAUGUUUUAAAUCCUCAUUGGUAUAUCUUUUUUCUUUUUUUUCCCCAUUAAGACAUAUAAGUAUAGCAUUUGGAAAGUAUUCUUCAGGAACUGGGCAACCUACUUUCUUUUUGACUGAAUCAUUUCAAUGGAAAAAACCUGAAAACUUGGCAAGAUGAAUAUAAGUGAGUCAAGCAUUUCAAAUGUGUGAGGAACUCAAAAUGUUCCUAAUAUUGAAAGGAAGAUUGAGUUUGACACAAUGAAUUUCUCAACUAUAUGCCAUCCGGAAGAUAUACUUAGAACAAGUUACCAAGACUAAUAAAUUACAAACAGAAGUACAGGUACAUGACUGAGCCUAAAUGCUUAAUGUGAGUCAUUGCUGGACUAAAUAAAACAAAAAACAAACUUUUGAAAGGGCUUUACAAUUGUUUUAGCCACUAUUUAACCAUUCUUUAUAGCCUUAAGUCAACUUAGGUGGAAGACUUUGGAAUUCUUAUUUAUAAAUGUAACUAUCUCUGAAGGUUUUAUUGUACUAUUGUUACCAUUCAUGCAGGUGAAGCUAACAAGUAAGAAACCAGAGUGUUUGCCUCUUGUGAUUUAGAAAAUUAGACAUUUAUUUUGUACGCACAUUUAUAAUUUACCCUGUACUAAAGUACUUUUGGUAGGUGUAAAGAUACUUGAUUUAAAAACAAUAAAUUUAAUGGUUUUUUUUUCUCUUAUGUCAA